UAUCCAGAAACCCUACUGCCCUGAAACAAACGUUUUCAUUCAAAUCCCGAGACAUACAAACUCACAACCAACUGCCAACUGACUAGAAUUAGACAGUCGAGUGGCUAGACCUCCAUCCAUUGGACAUUACCGAACACCUGGAACCGUACCGGAAAAACAAGAAUCGAAGAAAUGAAAUCGGUUUACACUAGCUCGUGAAAAAGAUAUUGGAUAUUUGACUGUUCGCCUCUAUAAAAGGCGGUCAAGGUUGUUCAGAUAAACACCAGGUCGAGCUGAAGCGGACUUGACCUUCCGUCCACCUGGUCUUAGCCUUUAAUCCAUCCCUUUUUGUGCCUCACCAGCCUGUCUGCAUGCAAGGUGUAUGGACUCUAAGCCACGUGAAUCCAGGACGAACUUUCGAGUGGGAUGUAAAAAAUGUGGAUUUACUGGUCAUCUAACGUUUCAAUGUCGCAAUUAUUUACGCGGCGGUGUCUCAGGUGAUGUAGUUUUGGAUGUAAGCAGCACCAGUUCUCAGUCUGAUGAGAGUGAAUUAAUUGCAGCAGCUCUAGAAUUACGACGUGCUUCAAUGGCUGAAAAGAAGCAAAAAAAACUGAAAGAAAAGAGAAAACGUAUAUCUAAACGUAAACAUUCAACAACUGGGUCUUCUGAAAGUAGUAGUGGAUCGCCGCCCACUAUCGACGGUAAUCACCAUCAUCAUCAUCAUCAUGAGCAUCAUCAUAGGAAAAAGCAUAAAUCAAAAAAAUCACAUAAACAUUCAAAAAGAAAGCAUAAACAUUCUAAAAGUGAAUAAUAAAUCGGCAUUAUUAUUAUGAUCAUUAUUGGGAAGGCUUUUUGCUGCUGCUUCUUCUUGUUCUUCUUAUUUGUGUACAAAUUUCUCUGUAACGAAAUAAAUUAUUACUUUUCU